UCACCAAAACAAAAGCCACUCGGCAAUCGUUUGGCCAUCGUACAGUGUUGGAGGCAAAGCACGGUACAGUCUGUCGUCUGUACGUUGCCGCACAGUCCUUUCACUCGUCCAAGAUACACACCUCAAACGUUUUUGUCUCUCUGAACUGGCUUCUUUCUGGCAAACAUUCCUGCAACGGCGAGCAACUUGGCAAUACAAUCAAUAAAAACUUGCCAGUAUCAAUCUUGUACCUGAGGUCUUAGGGAAUCGGCCUUUCUUGGAUCAUUAUCUGCAAUACUGUGGGAACCAAUAUGACGACUGUGAUCAAAUUUGUGCCUGCCACCAAAACCGGUCCCUUUAGCCGGCUCAUAGGAUCACUGGAUUUCAAGGGACAAGGAACGAAACACCCUUUAGAGGUCUUGGAUCCAUUUGUUCUCUGCGAUGAUUCGGGCUCCAUCCAAGGCAAAGGAAAACCUCCCUUUGGACUUCAUCCUCACUAUGGGCUGAUUGCCAUUUCUUCAGUAUUAGAGGGCGCCUUCUCCGAUGAGGACAACAUUAACGGGCUCUCCGGAGAGUUCAACGAAGCCGGAAGUGUCUAUGCGGUCUCGGCCGGCCAAGGGCUGUGUCACUCCGAGGUCACUCAGGUUGAUGGACCAAGUCGCUUAAUUCAAACGAUCGUUAAGAUCCCUCAAGACAAACUUGAGUUCCACCCUGAAAUCUCAAAAGUGAAGGCCGCUGACGUACCCAAAAUCCAGCUUCCAGGUGGAUAUUUUUCCCUCCUGGUUGGUAAACUGGACAUCUACCAAUCCCCCAUCUGCCUUAAAGCCAUGCCAAGAUUCAUUCUUGGACGGUUGUUCGUGGAACCAAAGACAGUUUGCUCACUCCCAAUGGAUUCAGACCUUGAACACGGUUUUGCCUAUGUCCUCAAAGGAAACGGCGGAAAAAUUGCUGGAGAAAAUAUUGUUUCAGAUCCUGGUGUGUACCUGUUUGAAAAUAGUUCCGGUCUCUUAAGCGUGGAAAAUUCCGACUCGAGCUCGAUUUUGGAACUUUUUGUGGGCGCCGCUCUGAAGUUGAAUGAGCCGUGGGUGAAAUUGCUCGGUCACAAUGGUUUCAUCAUUGCUGAGAAUGAAGAAAAAGCCCAAUCCGUCAUGGCUAAGGUUGAUAACGCAGGUGUCAAGAACUUCAAUUAUAAGACCUUGUGAUUUGACAAGUUUCGAGAUUGCCGAAGCAAAAAAGUGAUUGGCCAUCCUUCGAUAAUCUUUGCACAAUCAAUUGAACAGGACCUAAUAUCAUUUUCCUUGUGGAAGAUCGAAUUGAAUUAAACUCAAUCACAAUACAAAA